UUCAAUGUCAUCAACAUGUACAUACAUUUAUUUACUUAUUUCAUUUCAUUCUUCUUGGGUUUUGAUUUUGAAUUAAAGAUUUACGAAUUUUGUGUGCACGAUUUUUGUGCGUAUUUAGAAAUUAGAAAUGAAAAGUGUUAAGUAUUCCAUAGUUCUUUUCGGUAUAUUAAAUUUUUGGAUUGAUUCCGGUGAUAGCAUGGCGUGGGAAUGUCUCUCCUUAAAAUGUCCGCAAUGCGACAGGAAUUUUCGCAUUUUCGACCCCAUUUGUGCCUCUAAUCGCAUCACAUAUCCGAACGAAUGUUGGGUGAAUUGUUACAAUGAGAAAAGAGAGUGUGGAGGUGAACAGGAAAUCACCAUCAGACAUCGGGGACAUUGUCCCAUUACGAGGAGACCCAGAAAACCUUACUUCGUUGGAACAUUGACCACCACGACGGAAAAUUAUCUAGUUUCAGAUUCAACUCCAAGAAUAAUUUGUAAUCUGGAAUAUUGCACGUGUCCAAUCGUUCAGAACUAUAUUUGCGGGUCUGAUGGAAUCACGUACGUCAACCCAUGUUAUUUCCGAUGUGCUCGAAGAUGUUUUCGAGAUUUGCAAUUUUCCAAAUGCGGCCAUUGUUCCAGAACCUGGUCACAACCAAGUCAUCAAUGUCUCAUCGCACUUUCGUAUGAAAUUUCAACACAAAAUUCAAUACUUUGAAUAAACUCAUCAGCAUUAUUUUAUUACUGUAACAAACGUAUGUAUUAUAAAACCGAAAUUUUCUUUAAAAACUGUCUUUGUAUUCGUACAACAUGGUUUGAUUUUUUUGAUAUUGAGUUCUGAGAUGUAUUUAUACCUUUGAUGGAUUGUUCUUUGAAAUA